UUAAAUUUCUUAUUUUAUGCUCCAGUCGCGUGAGAUCAUCGUUACAAGAAUCCCCCCCAUCGGCCAGGAUUCUGACAUUUUUUUUUAAUAAUCUCCAGCUAAUCUUCGUCGUUCCAAGUCCAAUAUUAAAUCUCCAAAAUUUUACAACUACAAAGCAACGAGUGGAGCUCCUGAAGGGGCUCCCACUAUAAAUUUACUGUUUUUACUCAAAACUGAAAACUUCACAGCCAUAAAUGUUCGACUAACGGGCUUUGGCGUUAGAAUCUUGACAGCUGAAACAUGCAUGACGAAUUCUAGAUCGAAAAAUCAUAUUUUUACUUGCUUUAAAUUAAUGUUUGACGUGAUAAAAUAGUGGCGUGUGUUCGGGGAUAUAAAGCAAUUGAAAUCCAAUAAAUAUGAAAAAUGAGUCCAACAUAAAAUUAAUGUUUGACGUGAUAAAUUAGUGGCGUGUGUUCAGGGAUAUUAUAAGCAAUUGAAAUCCAAUAAAUAUGAAAAAUGAGUCCAAUAUUUUUUCACAAUUUUCUUAUUUAUCAGGUAAUAAAUCAUGGCGAAUGAGGAGUAUUAUCGAGGGUCUAAUACGAAUCGAGCAAAUAUCGACACACAUUUGAACGGAUUACAUGCAGAAAAUGGAUGGCUGAAUUUUAUUUGUAAUUCACAGAUGUUCGGGGGUAUUAAAAGCCUGAUUAGGUGGCCACAUUGAUCAGAUUUAUUUCCACGCAGCGGUGUGUAAUUUUGCUUGACAGCAAAAUGCGUCUGCCACUUGUCGUACUUACAAUUGCAAUCGGUUCUUAUGCAGUUCCAACACCGAAUAAUGCUUUCGAAGCUGUGACCGAAUAUGAAAAGGAGCAAAGUCUUCAGGUUUUAACGGAUGCUGCGCGGAACUUUUCAAUCAAAUAUUUCCAGAAAUUAUGGGACCAGGCUUACUACACCGAUAGACCAGUUUCGCCCUUGAGUGCUUUCAUUCCUUUGUUCAUAUUGUCUUACGGGGCUCGAGGAGAAACGAGAGAAAUGUAUUUGAAGGAAAUUGGUUUGGCUGAAGAAAAAACCGAGGCAGCGAAAAUCGGUUACGAGAAGUUCCUACGCGAGUUGUCUGCCUGCGGCAUUCGUGUGAGCACGAAAAUGUUUUUCCCACCAAACGUCACUCGGGAUGAGAAUUUUGUGAAUCUCACUGAGAAAGUCUUCAACGUAAAAGUUGGGAAUUACGAUGAAACGAAAAGUCGCGUGUGGCAGGGACCGAUCAACGAUUGGGUGGCCAACCGAACGAACGAUAGUCUCGCAGGAAUUUUUUGGCCAGCGCAAAUAAAUCCUGACGUGAGCAUGGUCCUCGUCAACACUUUAUCUAUCGAAAGAACUUGGAAAACGCAAUUUGAUGUCUCUCGUACCGUCCCACGUGCUUUUUAUCUGCUCGAAAGCGCACGUCGAAAUACACCUCCGGUCAACGUAUCGACGAUGUACACGAGUGGUCGCUUCCGACACGGUCGUCUCGACGAUUUUCACGCAUCUUUCAUCGAGCUUCCUUACGAGAGAAAAGCUGACAACGAUGCGAUGAGCAUGUUCAUAUUGCGCAUGGACGAAGGCUAUCGACUCGACGUCAACACUUUUGUCCAGAAUAUUGCAAGCCUCGAUUUGAACAGACUUUUGAACAGCACAGAAGACCAAGUCGAAGUGUAUCUUCCGAAAUUCAAAACUCGUCACAGAUAUCGAGUUCGUCUCAGCGAUGAUGUGAUGGGGUACGUUCGGAAACCUCCAACGUGUCCGCCCUGGGAAUCGUGCCCACAGGAGCCGGAAAUGAGGCCAAAAGACGCCGGAAACUUCUCCGGAAUUUUGACGUCUCACCGGAAGUCAGUUCCCGAUGAAACGUGGGCAAGCGUUUUCGUUGAGGUUGAUGAGUCAGGCCUCAAAAGUGCUGAUUCAAGUGGAUUGGCCUAUAAAACGCUUCAACCGGAGCCUGUCGCAGAACGAAAAACUCGAUCUAUUUCGCCAAACGCAGUGCAAUUUAAGGUGAACCGUCCUUUCGUAGCAAUCAUCGCUACCAUCGGAAAAGUUAUGACAAAUAUUUUGUCCAUCAAAUUUCUUGGCAGCGACUUUGUACCUGAGGAUCACGACGCCUGGUGGUACAUCGGCACAACUGUAUCAUGAGCAGUGCUCGAAAACUCGAAAUAAUAAAAUUUAGACAACUGGAAUGGGUGAGAACGGAUUCGAGAGGAAGCAUCGAGUGACUGGAAAGAAACCUGAAAUUUGUAAUUCGUAACCUCGCCAAAGACGAAAAUAAAAUGAAAUUAUUUCAAACGAAAUUGUCCUUUUUACAAUCCGCAAUGAAAUAAUCGCAGAUCCACUCAUCUCUCAAGCCAAAUCGCAAAGCUUUCUGGAAUUUUUUAAAACCAAAUUUUCAUGUUUUUUUGCUACGAGAAUAAAUGAAGAAGGACCAAGAGGAAGAUUCGUUUCAAGGACUAAAUCGAGGGAGAACCGUGAGAAGAAACUGCCCCAUUCUGCGAUAACGAAAUGAAUAAUUAUGGAGGAAAAUAACAACGCAAUUGGACAGAGCGAAUCCACAAAUCGUCACGUACUAAUCUCGAUCCUUGAACAAUAUUAUCGAUGAUUCAUGAACUCGAGUUGAUCAGGGACAAAACUAUUGUCGAGGCACUGUUUCAUGCACGAGUUUUUAAAAUAAUACAGUAAAAUAAGACAAAGGGAAAACACGAGUGACUGAUAACAAAAUUUGCCACGAUUUUCAUACGCUUUUCAAAUGAAUCGAGUUUUUUUUCAAUAAUGUAAAUUUAUUCAGAAAAAUUUCUCAGAAUUUUUUGAACCAAAGCAAUCUUGAUGAGUCAUUGAAAUGCACUGGAUGCAAUUACACCUUUUUUUAAAAACUGUUUCAAAAUAAUCCUGAGAUCGUAAUAAACCAGAGGAAUUUUUAUUUAAACUUUGCAAGACCGAGAAGUGUCUUAAAAACUAUUUUUUAUUUACAAUUUUCAAUUUUCGCGCGGAAACGCUAGUCGUUUCGGUUUGUGACGUCAUUCCGUUAGUAAAUAAUACGAUUGUGAGAGACCAAGUAACAAGAUUUGGGAAUAUAAUGAGUUAUAAUGGUAUAUUAUUGGUGUCUCGUACCUGAAUGCGAUAAUACAAGUGUAAAAAUGCCACAAAAAUUGUGGAUUCAUCCGCCACCAUCGACAUAUUUAUCAUUG